UCGUUGUGCAAAGACAGUUUUAGUUGCUUUUCAGUUGUCAUGGCAACAGAUUUGCGUCCAAAAUGGCGUCUUUGCUUGGGGAGAGACUGUUUGAAAUUAGUGGUCAGGGUCCGCCACCUCCAAAGGAUUUUUUUCAACUUGUCAUUACCAAAAACGAGGUAAUACUAACCUCAUGGAGGAUUUCUUUGCGACUUGAAUGCAGAGGUCUUCCCCCAAAGCAGCAGAGGACAUCUCAUCAGGACUUCCAAAAUGAUACAACUCUACAGUAUGAAGUCGGUGCUGUUUUUGGGCAAAGGAUCCUGGAUUACACAACAGCACUCUGUCAAGGAAAGUUUGAUUACCUGGAGCGUUUACCUGAUGACAUCAUGCUCCGAAUCAUGUACUGCCUUGAGCUGAAAGAUGUGGCACUGCUGGCACAGACGUCACGCAGAUUCAAAACGCUCUUCAGCUCUGAGAAGUUUUGGGAGCAGACUGUGAGGACCUGCACUGGGUUUAACAGGGACGUUGAGGACAUAGCCAAUGCCAUGGGCUGGAAGAGCACCUUUCUAACCUUUUUCCACAACAGUGAUGAUAAAAAACAGCAGUAAAACAUAUAUUUAAAAACAAACACUUUUAUUAUUGUUCCAAAACAAGUAAAAUCACACUGGCUCAUUAGCAAACUAAAAAAGACUUCAGUAAUGAAUGAGGGCUUUUGUGUGUGUGUGUGUGUGUGUGUCUGUGAAAAAUGUGAAUAUUCUCCAAAGCAAAUCAGUACUUUUGCAUUACAAAGGAAAGUCUUGCUUACAAGUUUUGUUUUGUUUCAAAGAGUGUGCGUUGUGUAAGAUUCCUUGUAAAUGACAUUAAAUUGGCACUUUGUGUCUGGAUGACAACCUGGGGAAAUUAAAACGUAAACAGACUUACAGAAAAAUACGUAAGCAACUGAAGUCCUGCUGACAUCAUGUCAUACUUCCUGUUUACAUUUGCUGGUGAACUGCUGGCUGCGCCCUCUGCUGAAAGCCCUCAACCAGCCUCCGCUGUCUUUGCAUACACAAGGCAGCCUGGCUUUAUGUGGGAUCACUGAAGCAGCCAGCAGAGGGAGCAAUGUCACAAUGAAAACGUCAAAAUGAGUCAGAUGACAGGAGGAGGAGGAGGGGGGAAAUCAAGUAUGUAAAGGUAACGUGUGCAAAACAAGUGCUGUAGUUCUGGUUACCAUAUCAAGGCCUAAAAGACUCCAACUUACUUAUUCUGGAUUAAAAGCUUGUGCAUAUGCGUGUGUAAGGGCAUCUGACACAGCGGUCCUACCUACCUCUCCUGAAACCUGUACCA